AUGACGGCAAGCGUCUAUCGAAGGGAACUCGCGGCAAUUCAGGAAGUGCAGCGGCAAGCUGCCGCCAGUGUCGUCGACCAUUCUCGGGAUGGCGAGUCCCGCUUCUCAGAAAUACUUGCCAUACUUGUCGUGGGCUCGGUUUUAUCAACCACAGCCGUGGCCCUAAGGGCUUUUACGAGGAUCAAGAUGCUUCGUACGUUCGGCCUCGACGAUGUCAUCAUGGUAUUUGCACAGUCUUUCUAUGUCUCGAUCGUCCUGUACAACAUCGCAACGACCAUCGUCAAACUCUCCAUACUCCUACAGUACCGCCGGAUCUUCGCCAACGACUUGAUGCAGAAGCUGACGACGUGGGGCCUGGCCUUCAUGUCCGCCUGGACAGUCAUGCUCUGCUUCCUGCUUCCAAUGAUGUGUGUGCCCGUGGAAGCGUUUUGGGACAAGGCGGUCAAAGGUCGUUGCAUAGACCUCCUCGCCAGCUGGUAUACAAUGGCGGCUGUCAAUAUAGUGGCCGACUUCGUAAUGUUUAGUCUGCCGAUUCCCGUCAUUAACUCGCUUCAACUACCUCAACGACAGAAGAGGAUGUUACUUUUCGUGUUCGGUCUCGGGUUCGUGUAA